CGCGAGCGCUCCGUCGCCUAGGAGAACGCCGCUCUUCUACAGGGUGAAACAAACACUCCGGGGCUCCUCGGGGCUUUUCUAACAGUCUCAUCAGACGAGUAGCAUUAAAAGUGUAAUCUGUGCUUUGCAAAGACAGGAGGACGCCGAGCAGAGACUUCAGAGAAGGAGCUGUGAACCCCACUCACUCCCCAUGAAAAGAAGGGUAUCCAGAGCCACUUCUGCGAUAUGAUUUUAUAAAAAAGUGUAAUUAAAAAAGCUAUGCAGCACAAUUGAAAGACUGGACACGUUCCUCAUUCUGCAAACUCUACGCUUGACUUUGGAUCUGUUUGCUCAUCUCCGAUCCCCAGACGGGAAAGUAGGGGAGUCCAGGCUUCAUGGAUAUCUACUAAGAGCAGAGUACCCUCCUUGCACCUUCCAUGGCAGGCAUCCACAGCGCCACGACCAAGAGCAUCAAGCCCUUCAGGUCCAGUGAAGAGUAUCUCUAUGCCAUGAAGGAAGACCUGGCCGAAUGGCUCUCGGAACUUUACGAAAUCCACCUCUGUGUGGACAGCUUCUUGGAGGUCCUGGAGACCGGCUCGUUACUGUGUCAUCAUGCCAACAACGUGACGCAGGUUGCGGCGGAGUUCGUGGAGGAGAACCCUGCUGUGGCAGAAAAGCUGAAGCUGCCCAAGUCGGGGGUGACCUUUGUCAAGUCGGCCCAACCCGCAACUUUCUUAGCACGAGAUAACGUGUCCAAUUUUAUCAACUGGUGUCGAAAGGAAAUGGAUAUUAAAGAUGUACUGAUGUUUGAAACUGAGGACCUGGUUCUUAGGAAAAAUGAGAAAAAUUUUGUUCUGUGCCUACUGGAAGUGGCGCGUCGUGCUUCUCGCUUUGGCAUGGCAGCACCAGUUCUCAUUCAGCUUGAAGAAGAGAUUGAAGAAGAGAUCCGUGAAGAGCUAGAACUUCCGCCCAAAGAAGUAGUCGUUGCUAAGCCUCAACGGCGAACAUCGGACUUCAAGAACCUUGAUGAAAUGGUCCAGUAUUUGGUCAGUCGCUGCACCUGUCCCACUGUGUUCCCCAUGGUGAAAGUUUCAGAGGGAAAAUAUAAAGUUGGUGACUCCAAUACGAUCAUCUUUGUUCGUAUUCUGAGAAAGCAUGUUAUGGUCCGAGUGGGAGGUGGAUGGGACACACUUGAGCACUAUCUGGAUAAACAUGACCCUUGUCGUUGUACUUCCAUAUCUCAUAAACAAGCAAUGAGGUUUGUUAGUCCUCAGAGGUCUGCAGCACCAGUCCAUGAGAUUAAAGCUCGACUGACUCCAAAACAGGACGGACAAGGAAAGCUACAGCCUGCACUGCUUCUUGCUCGGUCACAAAGUCCUGUCCCUGAGGUAGAAUGGACUCCAUCAGCACCGUAUAGAGGCCUGCGUAUAAGAAGUACAAGCAAUCCAAAACUUACUUCUUCUGUAUCUGAAGGAAUGGUUAAAAAUAUUGCCUUGAAAAAUUCAGGACAAUCCCAGGAAAGCAGUUUAACAGACCCUUGCAGAUUAAAAGAUCACUCAGAGGUAUCAUCCAAAAAACAGAUUAUUCAUGAAGAAAAUGAUUCAGCUACAAUCAGCAGGCAAGGUAGAGACAAGAGCAGAAAUUGUUUGACUUCUUAUUCUGGUCAAAGUCUUCCUGGCCCUUUUCAGUAUAGCUCUGAAUCCUUCACUGAUGUCCAGCACCCUAAAACUCAAGAUGCUGUUCGGUCACUAGAUGGUCAUUUUAUGUUUCAACAGCAACAAAGUAAGGAUGGCAGAUUGGAGCAAACCUGGCCUAAAAGCCUUUUAACAGAGACUAAACAGAAGACGCAAACGAAUUCGAAUAGAAUCUCUAUGCCAUUAACUGCCAAUAGUCAAAACCAGCGUGUGUCAUCUGUUGUUACAAACACAAAUGUCAUGCAGAGACCCGAAACUCCAAACCGCUCUGUUAGCCCAACUAAACAACUGGCACGUCCUCCGAAACAAGAUAUAAAGGCUGGUACUCCGGCCCAGUUAAAUGUCAACCAACCUUCCAGGUCCUUUGCAACACAAGCUGUGAAUCGCCCAUCUAGUCCUAGCAAGCAAGUAGGCAAUAAAAACUCAUUUUUAAGUAGCCAUUCCACUAGCAGACCUUCAACUCCUUUUGGAAAUAGUCAGAUGGGAAAUAAAGUCCAAUUAAGUGAGGUGAACAUCUUAGAUAAUAAUAACAAUAAAAAUGUUUCCAGCAGUGAUUAUGUGAGACAAAGCCCGACAAAAGCUGGCAGACUUGGUGUGAAUUUUCCAAGACAAAAUGCUCUUAGGCCUCCAAGUCUUGUAAUAAACAAUGAAGUGCAUUCCUCAGCAAGUCUUACUAAUAAAAAUGAUUGCGUAAUUAAAGACAGAGAAUACCUUUUUACUCCUCCUCCAAUUGGUCCUGAAGAAGAAUCAAAGCUCUACAAAAGUCUGGAGGAUGAAAUACUUUCAAACAUGCAGGCUCUAGAUGCUGAUCCAGAUAAAAACAAUAACAGAGGUCAUGCUGAUGUGAAUCACAGACAAGAUCGAGCAUCUAAACAACCGAAAGGAACAGCAGGAAGUUCAUCGAGUCAGAGGUUUUCUCCCGUUUCCUCGUCCCCAGUUUUCAACAGACAGAAAGUCAUUGGCAGUGUCUCCUCAUAUGAUCCAGCAGAAGCUCCUCAUAAUGGGCGCAGCUUUGACACGAUUAUUGCUGAACUUCGUAAAGGCCCACCAACCCUUAAUAAAGUAGAUGUUGAAAAUUGGUUGACUAAAAUUCCUCCCAAAAGUAAAAUGAUGGCUUGGGUAAAGUCAGGUAAAUCCAGUUACAGUGAAACUGAAUGCAUCGGGUCAGAUUCCAGCAGAAUUAACAGCUUCCAGGCUAACAGGCCCGAAUCUGGACUGGGAUUCCAUACCAGUUUAGAGCCUAAAGAUGCUACUGAUGCUGGUGGUAUUAAUAUUAAUGCUAUAGACACGGAAUCCCUAAUAAAUGAGCAUACCGAGGUGAAGUCGACUGGUACCAUUGAUUACUCCAGUACUGCUUCUUCUUGUGGGUCUCAAGAUAAUAGAGACAGCCCCAUAAAAUCCAAGACACCGUCAUUUAAACAAAAACGUACUUUGAAGAAACCAGAAAGGGUGCCCUCUAUCUACAAACUGAAGCUUCGCCCUAAAAUCAGGCCACGACGGGACAACAGACCGGAGACAAAACCUUCUAAAAUUCCAACGCCCGUCUCAUACCGAAAGCCUCAAAAUCCUGACAACACUGUGACCGCUGAAAAAACAGUUUUCAAGAAAUCAAAGCAUCCAGCUCGAUACAAAAAGGGUUCACAGUCAUCAAUCCCAACCCCCUGCUCCAAGAAUGUUAACCAGGCCUGUGUGGUGGAGGAUGCGUGGCCCGAUGCUCAAAGAGAUUCUUCUCAAGCAAGUACCAGCGCAGACACAAGGCCUAAGAAAUGUGAGGGAAAGACGGAGAACGAUGAUGAGGAGUCCUGGGUUUAAUGGCGGAAAGCGUGCAACGGAAACAUCAAGAACGACUCUUCCAAACUAAGAACGAUUGUGUCUACAGUUCAUGUAAC